AUGCAGUUCCGCGAUGCAAUUCAGUACGAUUCAGCUGAUCGGCUAGACCGCGGGGAUACAUCGCGUGAUGACAUCGAUGCGAUGCCUCUUCCUGGCGGCUUCCCUAGCCAGAGUGACGGCACAAGCAAAAUUGGGACUCGUGCGCCAUCAGCGAUGACUGGUCCGGGAACCAAGGCGGCGGUACCUGCUUCAAGAGAGCAGCAGGUACCCAUGUCAGCGUCAAGUUGGCACUCGCCUGCUUCUGUGCCUAAGGGCAAGCCCGGUAUGCCCGUACAAGUCAUUGAUUUACCGCCACCGGAGCCACGUUCGCCAAACGCUAAUGCAGCCGCUAUGCCCGCGGCGGAUGUCAUGGCGUCCAGCAUUCCUCCUUCGUCUGCUUCGACGGUUGUUUUGCCGUCCACGUCUGAGCCCCAGACACCCAAUGUGAAUAUGUCCGGUCCAGCGCAAGACGACUUUGAAUCAGCCUUUUCUCAUAUGGGGCUGGCCAAUGUUGUUCACAAGUCUUCAGGUCAGACUCAACCGGCGCAGGUCGCCGCAGGUACGCCGCCAUCAGCGGCAGCAGUACCCGCAGGCACGUCAUCGCCGCAUGGUGUCAUGCCAGCGUAUUUACAGACAUCCUCUCAGGUUGUGGCACCUCGCGCUAGGUCGGCAUCAGGCGCAGCGGCGGGUGGAACGCCUGGCUUGUCCUCAGUGUCAACAACGACGGCUGUCCCCGCCAUGUCCGCAUCAAUGCCACAGACGGGUGCAUCAACACCAGCCCUGGCGACUGCCCCGCGCGAUGCAUUUGACGAUCACUUUAGUCCCACGAAGCCGCUCUCGCCACCGCAGCCAGCCAGUGAUCGCGCCCCAUCACCAGCCAUGCCUGGGGAUAUCGGGCCGGUGCGACAGCUGUGCCAGAUGGGAUUCUCCAGGUCAAGUGUAGUGAAAGCGCUUGAGCGAAGCAACUACCGGACGGAGCGUGCCUUGGAGCGCCUUCUUGCUAUGCAGAGCAGGCAGUGA